UGUCACCAGGAGCCGGCUGCGCUGCGGUUGUUGUGUACAGUUUAAAGAUCUCCAGGGGACCUGGCGAGAUCCCGCAGGCAGCGAAAGCAGCAGGGCAGAGCUGGGCUGGCCCUCCUGAGCACAGCCCAGUCAGCUGGAGAGAGAGGCAGAGCUCCCCGAAGGGAGCAGGAAUGCUGCACCCCAGCCCUUCGUGGCUCUGUAGCCUCCAGGGGGGCGGAGAGGACAAAAGGCCCUGAGCCCGUGGAUGGGAAAGGGGCAGGCAGGGCUGGCGGUCCCCCCCGCCCCUUUGUCUCUGGGAGGAUUAGCCUAAGUCUCAGGUUGUUUAGGAAACAGCUGAUGUAAGUGACAGGGCUGUGGAGGGGGAAGUGGCGGUUGCGGGGCCGGAGAGCCAUGUCUGUGCCAGCUGCUGGCCCGCCCCUCUAGCCCCUCUGUGCACCUGCCAGGAUCAUGAAGGAGGUGAAGGAGUCCAGAGACCAGCAACUCACGGUGGCCCUUCGGAUCCGGCCGAUCAGCAUGGUGGAGCUGGAGGAAGGAGCUACUCUCAUAGCUCAUAAAGUGGAUGAACAGGUGGUGGUGCUCAUGGACCCCAUGGAGGACCCCGAGGACAUCCUGCGAGCCAACCGCUCCCGCGAGAAAUCCUACGUCUUCGACGUGGCCUUCGACUUCACGGCAACUCAGGAGAUGGUCUAUCGCGCCACCACCAAGGGCCUGAUCGAAGGCGUCAUCUCCGGGUACAACGCCACCGUCUUCGCCUACGGCCCCACCGGCUGUGGGAAGACAUACACCAUGCUGGGCACAGACCACGAGCCCGGCAUCUACGCACGCACCCUCCACGACCUGUUCAGAGCCAUUGAGGAGACCAGCGACGACAUGGAGUACGAGGUGUCCAUGUCCUACCUCGAGAUCUACAACGAGAUGAUCCGGGACCUGCUCAACCCGUCGCUGGGCUUCCUGGAGCUGCGGGAGGACGCCAAGGGAGUGAUCCAGGUGGCGGGGAUCACAGAAGUCUCCACCAUCAACGCCAAGGAGGUCAUGCAGCUGCUGCUGAAGGGGAACAAGCAGCGGAUGCAGGAGCCCACGGCCGCUAACCAGACGUCGUCGCGGUCCCAUGCCGUGCUGCAGGUCACCGUCCGCCAGAAGAGCCGCAUCAAGAACAUCAUGCAGGAGGUGCGGGUGGGGCGGCUCUUCAUGAUCGACCUGGCUGGCUCCGAGAGGGCGUCUCAGACCCAGAACCGCGGGCAGAGGAUGAAGGAGGGAGCCCACAUCAACCGCUCGCUGCUGGCGCUGGGGAACUGCAUCAACGCCCUGAGCGACAAGGGGGCCCCCAAGUACGUCAACUACCGCGACAGCAAGCUCACCCGCCUCCUGAAGGACUCCCUCGGGGGCAACAGCCGCACGGUCAUGAUCGCGCACAUCAGCCCGGCCAGCAGUGCAUUUGAGGAGUCCCGCAGCACCCUCACCUACGCCGACCGCGCCAAGAGCAUCAAAACCACGGUGAAGCGGAACCUGCUCAAUGUCUCGUACCACAUUGCCCAGUACACCAGCAUCAUCUCGGACCUGCGCAGCGAGAUCCAGCGCCUCAAGUGUAAGAUCGACUCGCAGGGGCCGCGCCCGGCCCGGGGCGACAUCCGCCACAUCCAAGCCGAGGUGCAGCUCCACAGCUCCCUCUGCGACCGGCAGGAGAUGGACCAGCUGCGGGAACAGCUGAUCGGCGCCUUCCAGGAGCAGAUGGACGUGCGGCGCCAGCUGAUGGAGCUGGAGAACAGCUCCAUGGAGCUCCAGAUGGAGAGCACCCGGCACCUGCUGACCAUUGCAGACUGGGACCAGGAGAAGAGGCGCCGCGCCCAGAAGUGCAGGGAGGAGCUGAGGAAGGACGAGAGCGAGAAGGAUUCGGACACCGGGGACGAGCAGCCAGACGCGCCGGAGCCGCAGGACGUGAUCUCGGCCAGGGAGAACAUCGCCGCUCUCAUGGGGGAGCAGAAGAAACUGCGCAAGCAAAAGGCGGAGCUGGAAAAGCGGUUCAAGGAGAUCCGCCAGCGGGGGCGGCGGCUGGAGGAGGUGCUGCCGCGGCGGAUCAGCUCGGAGGAGCAGCGCGAGGUGCUGAGUCUGCUCUGCAAGGUGCACGAGCUGGAGCUGGAGAACACGGAGAUGCAGUCCAGCGCCCUGCUCAAGGACAACGUCAUCCGCCACAAGAACUACGUGGUGCGGCGCUUCGAGCAGCACCGCAGCCUCUGCGACCGCAUCAUCCAGCAGCAGAGGCAGAUCAUCCGCGAAUAUCACCUCUCGGUCCCGCACCACCUGGAGGAGCUGUAUGAGAUCUACCUGCGGGAGCUGGAGGAGGGCAGCCUGGACCGGGUCGCCAGCCUGGACCGCGUGGCCGCCAAAGCCCUGAAGGACACGUCUCUGCCCAAGAUCCCCCAGCUCCCGGCUGCAGAGAGCGCCCUGGACUCCGACCAGGAGAGCGUGAGGACGCUGGGCUCGGAGCACCAGCUGCUGCUGCAGCGCGACUCCCGCAGGCACGCCCUGCCACCCCUCGUGCCGGACGCAGAGAGCGACCCGGCCCAGGUGUUCAGGACCAGCCCUCGGGUGCGGCAGAUCAAGAGUUCGGCUGUGCUGACCCCGCCCCCGAUCCACGUGAACGGCAUGGUGACCCAAGAGGCAGCGGCCAGACGCGCUCACCUCCCGUCUCUCCCCCAGUACCUGCACCAGGGGAGCCUGGCCUGCCUGGAGAGCCACCCCAACUCCUCCCCGGACAGCAGCGAGAACUGCUCGGAUGUCGCCCUGACGCGCAGAGAGCGCAGGGAGAUCCUGAGCAGCACCAAGAGCAUUGCGGUGAAGGCUGCCCGGCGCCGCUCCCGGGUCCUGGAGUCCGACCGGCUGCACCUGCUGGAGCCCAUGAAGGAGCGGAGCAGCCUGUCGCUGCACUCCCUGAGCGAGAGCGAAGACCCCCUCUCCCCGGAGACCCCUGCGCCCCGGCGCCCGCCCUGCCCCGGCCUGCAGCAUGCCGCCAGCGAGGACAACCUGUCCAGCAGCACCGGGGAGACGGCCUCGCGGGCCGAGGGCCUCCGCCCCAGCCACUCCCCCGGGCCCUGGCUCCGGGGGCACAAGAAGGGCGGCAAGAAGCUGGGGAAGAGGGAGGAGUCGCUGGACGGCAAAAGGCGGAAGCGACGGUCCAGGUCCUUCGAGGUCACCGGCCACGGGCUCCCAGGACCGAAGCCCAACGUAACUCGGUGCCGCCCUCUCGAGAGCAACUCUGAGCACAGGAUGCCAGCGGGGGGGCCGCCGGCGCCGCACCCCCGGGCGCCUGGCAAAGCCAAAGGGAGGCUCCCGCAGAGCCAGCAUGCAGGUCCAGGGGACCCGGCGUCUCUCCCGCUCCCCCUCCCUCAGCUCGGCAGCUUGAAGAAAGGCCCCCGCCUGAGCUACAUCACGCUGAACGGCACCAACGCUUACGCCAAGGACGGCAGGAGCCGGCGCUACUGACGGGCUGAGAGGAGACAGCCCCGGACUGGGAGGGCCUGGGCCUGGGGUACAUGCCCAGCUGCUGCAGGGCUGGUGGGGCGAGCAGGGCGCGGGGGAGGGGGCUCCUCUGGGCAGAGCCGGCAGCAGGAAAGGGGUUUACCAACAUAGUUCUCAUGGACGGACGAUUCUCUCCCUCCUCCCGGCUGCCCCGCAGCCCUGGCUGCUGGAGUCUGUCCCUUCCGCAGCCGUCUGGACUCGUUCUCUCUACCCCUCCGCCCGGGAAGCGCUCAGACCGCCGCGUCCCCCUUGCCGAGGGUUACGGGGAGCUGAAGAGUGGCUCGGCUGGUGGCCAGCCGCCUGUUCCCAGCAGGUCGCUCUGUUCACAGCCCCACGCCUCAGCUGCCGUGGGGCAGGUGGGGGCAAUGGCGCGCCAGGCAUCCCGCAGGGUGGACGGACACCAAGCACCCAUGCAGUUCAAGCCCCGUGGUUUGCUGCCCUGUGCCUUCCCUCUGGACUGCUGGUCUCGCCCACCCCUCCCACUGGCCUCUGGGCAUGGGCUGGGCUUGGGGUGCCACGCUCCCUACGCACCCCAGAGCUUCCUGUGACCGCUGCCACCCAUCUACCCCUGCCUGCUACCCCACCGUGCCGGCUGCACUGCGCCCAGGGCUCUGCCCCACGGGUGCCCCGCACGGCCGGUCAGUGCUGCAGCUCCCUGACGCCCUGCCUGCACCGCUGGCCUCGGGCUUCCAGCCCCCCAUGUCACUCCCUUGCUCCCCAGGGCUGCAGAUCCCAGUCCCUGGAGGGUCUCGCAGUGCUCAGCAGCACCCCCGGCUGGCAGAAUAACAGCAGGACUGGCCUGCUGCAAAGGGGAGUGUGGCUGGAAAGCUGGUGGCCAUGAAUCCGGCAGGGGGCACCCCCGGCCCUCCCUUAUUGAACCCACGGUGCGUGUGCCCAUCAGUGGGGAGUUCAGGGCCCCCCGGUUCUGCUCCCCCAGGGCCAGCUGUGGCUGAGGAUUGUCUGCGAGUGUCUUGGGGGGGAGGGCAGGGAGUGCCCCCAAAGUGGUCUCCGGCCCUCCCAGCUCCUGGGCUGAGGGGAGGCAGGGAGGGGAUCUCCCUGGCGUGGCCAACAGGCAGGAGGCGUGUGGACCCUGGUGCUGGCUUGGUUACGCUGUAAAUAAAUCGUGUUGCCAAACUCUUCACCUGGCCGGGGCCCGAUCCUGCCCUAACACGGCCAACGGGACCUGCAGCGCUCAGGAUCAGGCCCUUGUGUUGCAGCUGGGGUGGCACUGGAUUGCAGCCAGGCCUGAGAGCCUGCAGGGGCUUGGGGCAGGGGGCUCACUGCUGGGCGCAAUUCAGGGGCUCUCAGCGCUUGGGUCUGGCCCAUUGGCUGUGGGGCUGCUGGGGCCGCCCUGGUCUCUGGGGGUAUGUCUAGAGACUCCAAACCUGGGGUUUUUACCUGGCAACGUUGUUUUUUAUUCCUCUUGUUAAGGCUAAAUUAAAAGUGAUUUGUUGAGAUUCUA